AUGUCCAGUAGUAUCAACAUGUCGACCGGUUUAUCACGUGUCGAACACAAUUUAACUAAGCAUAUAAGAUCAAUCACAGGAGGUAUAAAUUCUAUAAAAAUAACAUACAUAGCAUACAUUAUAUCAUUAGUAUCAUGUUUAUCUGCAGGCUCGGUCACCUUGAUUUCUCUAUUUACUGAACCUUGGUUAGAACAAUAUAAUUACACUCCACUACAGAUUAAUCUAAUAAGCAGUGUAAUUAACAUGGGUGGUUAUUUGACACCCCCAUUAUUAGGCCUAUUGAGUGAUUCCCACGGUCCAGUACUAUUAAGUAUGAUCUCUUCGUUUGGGUUUGUGCCUGGUUAUUGGUAUUUGAGUGGUAUCACUCCUGAUAACAACCAUACUAUUCCAUUUGGACUAACGCUUUUCUGUUUUUUUUUCAUUGGAUGCUCCACCAGCGCUUUAUUCUUCAGUGCUCUCCUUUCCUGUUCUAAAUUCUAUAGUAACAGCAAAUUAUUAUGCAUCAGUCUACCAACAACUUUUUAUGGAAUAUCUUCUAUUUGGAUGGGGUACAUAUUCACACAUGUUAAAUGGUUUUAUACCUACUUUGAUGGGGAAAAAGGUGAUAUACUGGAUUUGCCUAAAGUUUUCAAGUUUUUAAGUAUAUUUUAUAUGUGUAUUUGCUUAUUUGAUUGGAUUUCCACCAGUAUUGUAGCAAGGUUAAAAAAUGAAAGCGUGUAUAAAAAUACUACAGCUGUUGCUCCAAUUAGUGUUGCAAGUAGCGCUACAAUUGCUGAUGAGCAUCAAGCUUUAUUGCCAGAACAAGAAUGUAGUAUCACUGAUAUGGGUAAAUCUUUAUCUGAAUUUUUCCGUUCAUCUUCGACGUAUCUUUUGUUUUUAACAAUGUUUGGUUCGUUUGGUGUAUUAGAAUCAUAUUUAAGUAAUAUGGGGGCAAUUUCAAAUUUGUAUAACAAUAGUCAUAGUAAAAAAGUAUCUGCUCAGGAGACUUUAACUAUAUUUUCAGGUAAUUCUACAUCAAUAAGAAUAAUAGUAGGAGUAUUAUUGGACGUGUUAAAUAGAAUGUUUAGUAAAAGAGGUACCAGUACUAUCAAAAAAAAUAAAAGCAACAGGCUUAUAACUAUGUCUAUAUUAUGGGUAUUACUAAUGGUAGGUGCAUUGUCUCAGUAUAUAUUUGUUAUAUUUGGAGACGAUAUCAGUUCUAUAGCUUUAAAUCUUGCUACUGCAUGCUGUGGAUUGGCUUACGGUGGAUUAUUUACUAUAUUUCCAAGUUUAGUUUUAAAUAUGUGGGGGCAAGAUAUAUUUGGUACGUGUUAUGGUAGUUUUAUGGUUGCACCUGCUUUAGGUAGUACACUAUACGGUAUAAUGUUUGCUAAAAUAUAUGAAAGCACUGUUGGUGGAGGUGUAGGUAAGAUUAGUUGUUUAUUUAGUAAUUUUAUCAUUACCGGUAAUACGUUUACGGUUUGUUUAAUUUUGAGUUUUGUGACAUAUUAUUGGUAUUUGUAG